UCCAAACGAAACCCAUUUAUGGAAGCUCUCUCUAUCAGCCUUUCGUUAAAAAAAAAAAAUUAAAGAAGAUAAUAGUUCCAACCUUCAUUGAGUCGAUCAAAAGGGUGACAAGUGACACUUUCCAGUUUCCACCAUAUAUAUAUAUAUAUAGAGGGAGACCAUUGGUUGAACGGGGGAGUAGUUGCAGUGGCCGUCAUGAGUCUUGUUGCUUCAGCUGGGGGUCACUCCUUGUAUUUACAGGCCGGUAAAGGGUUUUCAAUAUCCAAAUCCAAGAGGUACAAAUUGGGUCCACGAGCUGCUUCGGUGGAAGCCAGUCCCAGGGUCAACGGUUCGCCGUCGCCCAUUUCUAUGCGGUUGUUACUUGCUGACCGAGCGGAGGACCUACAAUCGGAGGCUCGGGCCCUUGCUCGAGCUUCCGGUGCGUCUGUUUACAGCCCCGAAUUUCUUGCCAACAAGUAUGGGUCCCGUCCCGUCAAGGCAGCGAAAAGGACUUUGGAAAUCUUGGUGUCCUUGGGUUUUUUUGCUUUCAAACUGUUUUUGGAUCAAAAGAAUCGGACACUGGAUCAAAACAAGAGAAAACGAGCAGCUGAAUUGAGGACCAUCUUCACCAGAUUAGGCCCUACUUUUGUAAAAUUGGGUCAGGGUUUAUCCACUCGGCCGGACCUGUGCCCACCGGAAUAUCUCGAGGAGCUGGCUCAGCUGCAGGAUUCUUUGCCUACAUUUCCUGAUGCAGAUGCAUUCUCAUGCAUCGAAACAGAGUUGGGGUUGCCACUGGACUCCAUUUACUCUGUUAUAUCCCCUGCUCCGAUUGCAGCUGCUAGUUUAGGUCAAGUGUAUAAAGCUCGACUUAAGACUUCGGGCCAAACUGUUGCUGUUAAGGUGCAACGACCUGGAAUUGAAGAGGUCAUCGAACUUGAUUUUUACCUCAUAAGAGGUUUAGGAUUUUUCAUUAACAAGUAUGUUGACAUAAUCGCUACUGAUGCUGUUGCCGUCAUUGAUGAAUUUGCCAGUCGAGUUUAUCAAGAGCUCAACUAUGUGCAGGAGGGACAAAAUGCAAGGAAAUUCAAGAUGUUGUAUGCUGACAAGGAGGAUAUCCUCGUUCCAGAUAUCUUUUGGGAUUAUACGAGUGGCAAAGUAUUGACAAUGGAGUGGGUUGAUGGAGUGAAACUAAAUGAACAAGCCGCCAUUGAAAGACAAGGUUUGAAAGUUUUGGAUUUAGUGACCACAGGUAUUCAGUGCAGCCUCAGGCAGCUACUAGAGUAUGGAUAUUUCCAUGCGGAUCCCCAUCCUGGUAAUCUGUUGGCAACACCUGAAGGAAAGCUUGCUUUUCUAGAUUUCGGAAUGAUGAGUGAGACCCCAGAGGAAGCAAGAUUUGCUAUAAUCGGUCAUGUUGUACACAUGGUUAACCGGGAUUAUGAAGCUAUGGCCCGUGAUUACUAUGCUCUUAAUUUCUUGUCAACUGAUGUAGACAUUUCCCCAAUUGUGCCAGCACUUCGGGACUUCUUUGAUGAUGCUCUUAGCUACACUGUGAGCGAACUAAACUUCAAAACAAUAGUUGAUGGUUUGGGUGUUGUUUUAUACCAAUACCCAUUUAAUGUACCUCCCUAUUAUGCAUUGAUAUUGCGAUCACUUACUGUGUUAGAAGGAUUGGCCCUUUAUGCCGAUCCAAAUUUUAAGGUGCUAGCUGCCUCAUACCCAUACUUUGCUAAAAGGCUUCUCACAGAUCCAAAUCCAUAUCUGAGAGAUGCUCUUAUAGAGUUGCUCUUUAAGGAUGGGAGGUUUAGGUGGAAUAGACUAGAAAACCUUCUUGUUCAGGGAAGCAAGGACCGAGAUUUCUCCGCAAAAGAUGCUUUGCAACCUGUUUUAAAGCUACUACUGGGACCAGAUGGUGAAGAACUCAGGACUUUGGUCAUUAAAGAGGCUGUUCGUGUUACUGAAUCUGUAAUUCUAGGCUCAGUUGUUGAUACAUACAACGCUGUACCAUCUUUUAUGCGUUCUCUAAUGCUCAAUGGCAAUGGAAACAGAGCGCAUGCAAUGAGCAGUGAUGAAUUGCAAAGCAUGAUGGAGCUUCGGGACCAAGUUUUUCAAAUCUGGGGGCUUCUACAAUCCUCUAAAAGCUUUGAUCCAGCUCUUUUGCAACCUAUUUUACAAGUACUUCAACAACCCGAGGCACGUAGUCUAGGCGGCCGUGUAGUUGGUGAAAUCACUCGGCGACUUGCAGCUCGCUUACUGCAACAAGUUCUUCGUAUUCCGUCGGCUCCUACAAGUUUAUAAGCUAAUUAAUGUAUGUUGAAACCUGGAAAUCUAUAGCCAUUCUUCCCCGCCCCCAAUU